UCACUCAUCCUGGGCGCCCUGCUCAGCGCGUGGCACACCGUGAAUAAACUAUCUGACAGUAAGAAAAAGCUAACGGGAGCACGGAAUAAGGAAAGAUGAGGAAGGUAACUUCCCGGGCCGCCGCUUCCCCAGCCUGGACCAGCCGCCCCGAGCCGCGGCAGCCUAACCGCGGUCCUCCUCUCCCAGCCGCCAGCGACCCCGCCUCCCGCCCCCGGGGCCUUUGUGACGUCACAGCUGGCCGGGAGAAUGGUUGCCUUGGCGACGUAAACGCAGGGCCCAGAAGCUCACACUGGAGAACUGUGGCGCUAAGGCUUCGGAGCGAACCGGGGCGCGCGGUUGGUGAGACUCUCCUUCAGCCAGGGUCAAGCUUUGAGUCGACCCGUCUGUCCCUAGUCAAGAUGUCCAAGAUGCGGUCUAUUCGGAUCUACAACAGUGUGACCUAUGACAGGAAGAGUCUGGAAUCCAAGAACAGUUCUUCUUCGAUCACUGAAAAACUGGAGAAGAUUGCAAAACCACGCAAAGGACGUGAGAAAGAUCCAGACAGUCCAGCUAAUCCUUUCCAUAUGUCUGGAGAUGUGGAUAUCUUCUUGUUUAGAGAUCAGGAGCGGAACAAGGCCCUCGCAGAGCGGGAGCAGAAGAAGAAGAUGCGAGUACACGAGAAAAUGACGUAUGCCUCCAAGAUGUCCGCCAAGAACAGCUGCCUGCGGCAGGAGCUGCAGCUUGAAGAGGAGCUGGAAGACCAGGAGCUGCUGGACGAGAUCAAGCAGCUGCGCACCUUUGGUGAUAAUACGGCCUGGAAGCUGAUCAUGACCAAAGAAAAGAAAUCGGAGCCUGGUUUGAUAAACAGCUACCUUGACCAGAACCGAAAGAUGUUUCUCCUCCAGUAUGCCCUGGAUAUGAAACGCAAUGAGAUCCAGCGGCUAGAAAUGCUGGCAACCUGCGAGGAGACCAAGCUGGAGAAGGCUGAGCGGUCCCUGGAGAAGGAUGCAGCCUUGUUUGAUGAGUUCCUCCGGGAGAAUGACCGCAGCUCGGUGCAGGCCAUGAGACUGGCUGAGAAGGAGACCAAAGCCAAGGUGGAGAAGAUCAUGGAGAUCCAGGACCUCACCACUCAGAUUGUGAAUAUCAAAAGUGAAAUCUCCAAACAGGAAGACACUCUACGGCAUUAUAAGGAGUAUAAGGAUUUCCUAUAUAAGGUGUCUCCCAAGGAAUGGCUGGAUGAGCAGGAGAAGAAGCAGCUGGCUCUCAAAAAAGCCAAGGAGGUUUCCGAGAUCCCCAAAGAGGGGAGUUUGACCUCCAUACCAGUGGAAAAAGGACCAGCAAGCAAGGGCAAAAUGGUCUCCCUGUGGGCCAAAGAGGCUCAGGGCAUGAAGAAGCCCUGGAAGCUUACGCAGGCAGGCAGGCUGGGGCAGGCCCCAUCCAGCAGCAGCAGCCUCCAGCCUAUCAGUCAGCCCAGCAUGCCUAGCGGGCUGGAUUCCAAAGGGUCGAGCUCUACCCUCCCAUCCCUCCAGUCUCAGGAGGACACUGACAGCGAAGGGGAGGAGCUGCCACUGUACUUCACGGAGCCCCAGCAGCUCCUGGAUGUCUUCACAGAGCUGGAAGAGCAAAACCUGUCACUGAUCCAGAACACGCAGGAGAUGGAGGAAACCUUGGAUGAGCUGAAGGUCACCUUGAAAACCACACAGAUCCGCAUGGACAGGGAGGUGAACCAGCUGAAGCAGUGGAUCACCACAAUGAUGAUGUCUAUUGCCAAGGAGGAAGAGACUGCUGCUGAGCUGGAGCUCAAAUCUCGAGUCUUCCACUUUGGGGAGUACAAGGGUGAUCAGCAGGACAAACUGAUGGAGAGCCUGAGUCACAAGGUACAAGAUGUGUACCAGCACUGUGUGGGCACCCAACAAGAAGCCAACUUGGGCACCGUGCAGAUGCUUACCAUCAUUGAGCACCAGCUGGAUGAGCUGCUCGAGAACCUGGAGCGUGUACCCCCAGCCAAGAUUGAGCAGGCUGAGAAGGCCAAGGAGAAGGAAAGGCGCAUGAGGCUUCGGGAAGAGAAAGUCCAGUUGCAAAGGCUAUUGCAAGAGGAGCGACUGCAGCGGGCUCGGGCCCGGGCCCAGGCUGAGAUCAAGAAAAAGAGAGGCAGAAGAUUGGUGUGCCGCUCUCAACCUCCACCUCCCAAAGUAAAGGAGACCUCUGAUCACACGCUGAUGGACAAAGACCAGGAGGAGAAGCUAUACUUCUUCACUUAGCCCUUACGAGGCCACAGUUGGCUUGGCUAAAAGUGCAGAAGAGGUCAGCAGCAGAAGCAGGCUGGGUCUGAAGGGAUCCUGACUCUGCCCUUGUGUCUCCUUUGAGCUUCCAGAAAUACAUAUUUCUUUGAUGUUUUCA